AUGGAGAAGUCGGUGGUGAACAUCUACCCCCUGGGCAGCUACACAUUCGGGACGAAGGAGCCGAAGAUGGAGAAGGACACCUCCGUUGCCGAUCGGCUGGCCCGGAUGAAGGUCAAGUGAGUUUCCUUUAUUCAUCGGAAACCCUCGACAAACCCUAGUUUGUGGCCCCAGAUUGGGGUCGCGCUUCUGGGGUUGUUUGGCUUCGGUCGUUGCUUCGGUUUUCGGUCGACGAUCGUUUUCGUCUCACGUCGGACGAGUGAUGAAGCCAAACCCUAGUGUCGAAGUUAGAUCCUUCAUCCUACGAUGGAAUACUCCCCACGCGGUUUUGUUAACUUUCGAAAUUAUCGCUACGAUUCAGAUGCUUGCUCUCUUCGAGUCGAUGUAUGAUCUGCACCAGUGUGCCGUGGGACUUGUAAAAACUGUACUGCAGAUCCGUUACAAUUUGUAUGUCACCGUCGCUUCAUGCCAUUGCCACAUUUUCUGCAGUACCGCUCAUGAAAAUGAGCCGAAAAUUAGGUCGACAAUCUAGGAAACAGGUUGGUCGAUGGAAAAAUCCUUGUCGAGUGACAAUACGUGUACCCUCUGCUCCUGAAUCCGCUUUUAAAGAAGGGAAGCCCUUAUUCUCCUCGAAGAGAAUUCAUUCUUCCAAUUUUUCUUUAGCAACGAAGCCUCUCGUGGGUGUUUAGGAUUCAUUUGAUAGUUUAUUUUUGUUAUCAUUCACAGUGAACAGGGUAAAUGAUAUCGAUGGUUAAUGAUAUCUACAAUCAGGCCGAGUGCAUAUUUGACUGAAUAUGCACAUCACAUGCAUGUUUUUCCUGUUCCUAUUUGGCAGAUUUUGUCUGCCAUGCUGGUAAUUGGAAAGCUCCUUUUACUUGAAUUUAUUGGUUGAUUGAUUUCCCCCUUUAACAGCUAUAUGAAGGAGGGUAUGCGUACCAGUGUUGAAGGAAUUCUAUUGGUAAGCAUUGUAUGCUUACUUGCAUUCCAAUCCCACUGAUUUUAGAAAAAAAUUAAUCGACGGGCCAUGCAGUCAUUAUUUUAUAAUGUUUUUAUCUUUUUCUUUCAAAUCUCUACUAGGUUUCUCUUGCGAUCUUCACUCUCUAUCUCACAUGCCUCCGGUUUCAGGUGCACGAGCACAACCAUCCCCACGUACUGCUGCUUCAGAUCGGGAACACCUUUUCCAAACUUCCUGGAGGACGGUUGAAGCCCGGAGAAAACGGUGAGCAUUGAUAUUCCUUGUAUCUGGAGGCUGGGCUGCCCCUCUGUCUUGUCACAGAAAUUCUGCCUGCGACCCAGUGGUGUUCAUGUUGAUAAAUUUGUGCAGAGAUUGAGGGCCUGAAGAGGAAGCUUUCUGGCAAACUUGCACCCAGCUCGCUUCAACCAAAUUGGCAGGCAUGUUUCUUGACUUCCAUUUCUUCCAUUGGGCAUGACAAGCUGAGCGAUAUUUUUCCUCUAAGAAUGGGGAAGAAAUGUCCUACCCAUAUUGUCCUUUAUCCGUUUACCUCGUGAAAACUAUGGGCAUAACGCCUGUGGAAAUCUGAAUUUACAGAUUGGUGAGUGUGUCGCUACUUGGUGGAGACCAAACUUUGAGACAAUAAUGUAUCCAUAUUGCCCUCCUCACAUCGCUAAGCCCAAGGUAAGUUGCCAUUUCACAAAAAAAUAAAAAAUAAAAACAAAAAAUCGUAGAAUCUGGGUCGCAUGAGAUUCAGCUGUGCAACUUUUUUUUUUUUUAAUGCUUACUGUAUUCACUAAUGGUGGUCGCAUAAAUUAUAUGGCAGGAGUGUAAGAAACUUUUCCUCGUACACCUAUCCGAGCGGGAGUACUUUGCGGUGCCAAAGAACCUGAAGCUGCUGGCUGUUCCAUUAUUCGAGCUUUACGACAAUGUUCAGGUAUGAAUGAACAUCAUCAGAUCCGAUGUGAAGAGAGAUCCUCAGAUCCUUCGUGAGUUUUGUUUAUUUACCAUAAGGGGUAGGCCUCUGUUUAACCUGAUUAGAUGUCACGAUAACAGUGAUGCCCAUGCCAUAAAUAUACCAACUCCAUUUUUUUCACAGACCUUAGUUGCUGCUCGAGCCUGUUAGUUGCUACUCCUUUGCCAUUGAUUACGAAUCCCAUUAAUCUACAAAACGGGCGAGGCUGAUUCCAUCCAAAUGCUUCCAACUGUCGGGAGUCAUCUAAAACAGUGGAAAAUCAUACAUCCCUUGGGUCUGAGCGAUUCUCCCCCACUGACAUUAUAAAUGUGGUUGCAGAGAUAUGGGCCAGUCAUCUCCACCAUACCACAACAAUUAUCUCGGAUGCAGUUCAACCUGGUUAACACGUGA